AGGUAUCAAAUCAGUGACAUGAGAGGCAGUGAGAGAUGCAAUAAGAAAUAUGAUGGAGUGGCCGCUGCGGAAAAUAUUAAACCGUGGAUCAGAAUUGAUGAUUGGUGCAUUGAUUAAAAUGGAUCCUAAACAAGUAACAUGCGUGUUGGCAAAAUUGAAUACGUCCUUCAUAGUACAAAUAAGUGAUGGGAACCUACUGGACUUUACUACGUGCCUGGGGACAUGCACGGUGCAGGAGGGCCGUGUUGGCAACCCCGAUGACGUAAGCGGCGCCACGGCGGCGGCGCUGGAGUCAAGAGGGCGCGGGCGCGAAGAAAAAGAUUAUUGUGGGGUAGAUUCCGGCGCAAGCGCAGUGUUUUAAGUUGUAUCGAUAGUUUUGUUACAUAUUGAAUUUGUUUAACUGUAUUUGUUUCGUUUAAAUGAGUGAUUAAGUAUUUCAAACGUUGUCUCAUUUAACUGCCUAAUUAAUUCAUAUUGAGGUUGCGUGCUGUGG